AUGUCUCGUUUGGCCAAAGCGACCCUGGUGGCCUCCCUGGUGACUUCUACUGUUAUAAUCUGGGGUGUGCAUCGCUUGCAAUCGCAGGAACGCGAGACCAUGUAUCAGGGUGUAUUGCGGGACGAUCAGCGGCGAAAAGAGAAGAUGCGCCAUCGAGAAGCAGAACUACAAGAAUCCUUGCAAAGGCGGGAGAUUUACGAGAGUGUACAGACUGUCUCA